CCUGAAGACCUCUGUUGCCAUGUCGCUGGCCCAGCUCGGCCUGUGCACAGGGUCCAUCUAUGUCUCCUUUCUCCUCUGGGCCCUCCUGCAGGAGAGGUUGACGACAACGCCUUAUGUCCUGCCGGCUUCUCUGCUUCACCCGAGCCAGUCAUCAAGGGAAGAGUACUUUUCAUCGCCCCUCGUCCUCAACGCGCUGCAGGCCCUCUUUUCGACACUGGUUGCGGCCACAUACCUCUCGGUCAGAGGCAGCACGAAGGGAAAGGCGAAGGAGAGCUGGGCUGCCAUCCUAGGACUCGACGCAUUGACGCCAUCCGGAGCUCAACGUGCACGCAAGAGCCCACCAAAGUCGGCAACGAGCAAAGGCGAAAAGGGAAAUGGGCAAGCGGGCGGAAAAUCAACGGCGCUGGUCUCGCCUCUUCUGCUCCGCUACGUGCAGAUUGCUGCCUCGCAGUCACUCUCCUCGCUCUUGGCCCUUCACUCGCUCAGCCACGGCAUUCCCUACCCUACGCUGACGCUGGCCAAAUCCUGCAAGCUCGUCCCCGUCCUCCUGGCCAAUGUCGUCCUGUACCGCCGCAGAUUUGCGCCGUACAAGUACGUCGUCGUCACGCUCGUCACACUCGGCAUCAGCCUCUUUAUGCUUGCUGCCCCUUCGAAGAAAAAGUCGUCGUCGGCAGACUCGUCGCUCGUGGGCCUUUUGCUGCUCCUGGCCAACCAGGCGCUGGACGGAACGACGAACUCGACGCAGGACGAGGUCUUUGGCACCUUUACCAUCUCCGGCCCGCAAAUGAUGCUCGUCAUGAACUUUUUCUCAUUUGCCCUCAUGGCCGCCUCUCUCGUCCUUCCCAUGCCUUCCUUCUUCGGCGGCAGCGGUGGACGUUCUGCUGGCGAACUGGCACGGACGGUGGCAUUCGUCCAUCGCCAUCCAGAGGUGUCUCGCGAUCUCAUUGGCUACGCCCUGGCAGGGUCCAUCGGGCAAGUCGCCAUCUUCGAGACGCUCGAGCGCUUCGGCAGCUUGACGCUCGUCGCAAUCACGGUGACGAGAAAGCUCUUUACGAUGCUCCUUUCCAUCGUCGUCUACAAGCACGCCCUCAAUCCGGCUCAGUGGCUCGGCGUUCUCGUCGUCUUUUUCGGGCUGGGCAUCGAAGCGCAACAGAAGCGCAAGGAGGGCCUGGCCAAGAAGGUGGCACAGCAACCUGCAAAGAAGGCCGGCGUCAAAGACGCAUAACAGACGUGCACACUCUUGCCAGUGAUAAUAGAAUCAAAGUGGAAUAGAGAAGGCU